GUUUUGAGUGUAUUCAGUAUAUCCGCAGAGGGAAUCCCCAUACAUCCAUGAGGGGGAACUUAUAGUUUUAGGAUUUUAAUUCACUUCAAAUUCACUUUAGGUGAUAUGUUACUGUAGCUUUCACUUUCAUUAUUAUCCUAACCAGUGUAUUUAAAUACAGAAGGUAUAUCAAAACAAGGGUUGUUCGUCAAACUAUCUUAUGUGGCCUAAUGUGUGUUUAUUUUGGUUGUGAUACUUGCCAUUUGUUCUGAGAAGGCUGUGUAAUACCCAGAUACACAUUAUGUGACUGUUUGCAGCUGCAAGUGUCCCCUGGACUUCUCUCUGUGAUGGUUUUUUCUUCAGCCUUUCCUUCAGUAUUAAUUGUCUUUAGUGGCUGGGUUGUCCUUUUGUCCCCGUUUUCACCCCUGUUACUGUUCUGUUACAGUUUACUGUUUUAUCCUUCGAUUUGUUUUCUAAUUUCUCGUAUUAUAAUUGCACAUUUUGCUCCUAAAUAAACUAAAUGUUCACGGACAUGCAUAUUUAUUUACUAGACCAGUUACACAAUGAAACACACAACUAUGCACUUUCAGUAAGACUGUGAAUUCUUUGUUGCAUGUCAGUGGCAUUGGUUCCUCUUAAGCCUUAGCUAAUCAAAACUUUAAAAUUAAAAUUAUGAAAUGUAUACCCUUGAUUUGACACAGCAACCCAGUUUUGGACAGCCUAAUUAGUGUAAUAGGGUAGGGCACGUGAAAGCAAUCUUAAAAACUCAAUUUUGGGACUGAUGUCAGUCCUCAAGUGGCUGCUCAAAAUUAGGCUGUACUGCAGUCAAUCGUGGAUAUGUGAACUGAGUAUGAUAUCAUGGAGUUCAGGCCCUUUCACAAUGGCUUGUGUCUCACUUUGUCUUUAUUAAAGUGUGACCAAGGCAUCGCUGACUUACAUGAGUGACUAUCCUCUGUUUAUUCCAGUCUGACUCACAAGGUGGCACUGUGAACCUUUGCAGUGGGGGAACAUUUUGGUUUCUCCCAGACACUGGUAAUCAAACACAAAGCCUGUGUGCGCUGUGUGCCAUUUAGAUUUUUUCCCCCAAACUUUCAUGAUAGAAAUUCACUUUUUUUUUUUAGCUUUAAAAAACAAUAAAGCAUCCAAAUUAGAUUUCAACAAAUAAAAAUACCUAAAACAGGCUGAAAUGUUUAAAUACAGACUAUGACAUAGUUAAGAAAUUAGCAUGCAUGUAAUGUGUAAAUGAUAUAUGCCUAAUGGUGUUGAAUGGUAUGUGUUUUUCAAUAACCACUUGACUGACCUGGACCUGAUAGCAAAGACCAUAUUUAGAAGUAUUACAUUUAACUGAAACUACCUUAUCUACAGUACAAGUGUGUGUCUUUUUCUUUGAAAGAAGGCAUGAUCAAAGAGAUCAACUUAUGAUGCCUCUUAAGUCAUGCCGGUCAUGUGUAAAAGAAUUGUGUCAUAAAGCUUGUAAGGAUAAUAUUAUUUAUUAUUUAUUUUCUUAGUAAUUCAUUAUUGUCUUGCGCAUCCAAAUCUAAAGGUGAGGCGAUCAGGUAUGUAUGUCGGUACAGGUGGAUUCUGUACCUGUCAGCAGAGGAGCAACUUGUUGCCCUGUCUGACCUCAGCAGGGAGCGAGGCGCAGGGGCCAUGUGUGAAUAGGCCUUUAGAAAGCACUGGUGUGGUGGCGAGGCUGCUGACUCAGGGGGCUCACAGUGCACCGCCCCUGUCCUCAGCACCUGCUGCCAGUCAGGUGUCCAUCCAGUACAGAGAGCAUGUCAACAUCCUAGCACACAGCCAAAUUAAGCUGCCAGGUCUGGAGAAACUUACUCUUUUGGGGGGAAAAAAGAAACGAGACAGAACCAACGCAUUUCAGAUGCAGAGUGGCGUAGCGCUUAAUGACGAACCCAGUAAGAAGAAUAAGGAUGGCCAGACGCGGGAGCAGGACUACUCCUCUGAAAGCCAUUACAGAAUUGUUUCACCAACAUUCCAGUAUAAGAUGAGCCACCAGCGAGUGGGCAAGUGUAUCAUCAUCAACAACAAAAACUUUGAUGAGAAGACAGGGAUGAAUGUACGCAAUGGCACAGACCGAGACGCGGGUGAGCUGUUCAAAUGCUUCAAGAGCCUGGGCUUCGAUGUCUUCAUCUACAACGAUCAGACAUGUGAGAAGAUGGAGCGUCUUCUCAGAGAGGCCUCGGAGGAAGACCAUAGUGACAGCUCGUGUUUCGCCUGUAUCCUGCUAAGCCAUGGUGAGGAGGGCAUGAUCUACGGAACAGACGGAGCCAUGCCCAUCAAGACCAUGACCUCAUUGUUCAGGGGGGACAUGUGCAAAAGCUUAGUCGGGAAGCCAAAACUCUUCUUCAUCCAGGCUUGUCGGGGUUCCGAAUUUGAUGAUGGUAUACAGACAGAUUCAGGUCCGCCAAACGAUACCCUGGAGACAGACGCUAAUCCAAGACAUAAGAUCCCUGUAGAGGCAGAUUUCCUGUUUGCCUACUCCACUGUGCCAGGGUAUUACUCAUGGAGAAACCCUGGGCGCGGCUCCUGGUUUGUCCAGGCGCUUUGCAACGUCCUCAACGAGUUUGGCAAGCAGCUGGAGAUAAUGCAGAUCCUGACACGGGUCAACUACAUGGUGGCCACCAGCUUUGAGUCGUGGUCUGAAGACCCACGCUUCAGUGAGAAGAAGCAGAUUCCCUGCGUGGUCUCUAUGCUGACGAAAGAACUGUAUUUCAACUGACCGCAGCCUAACUGACUGUACUGUCUGAAACCAUAUGACACAUGACUGACUGACUGACUGACUGACUGACUGUUUCAGGUACCGACUAACUGGUCAAAGCAUUCAGGGAUGAUUCAGGCCCAGCAGGACAUAUGAUAUUUGCAUGUGUAGUUGGGCCCGAAAACAAGCACUCCAUGAGAAAAAAAAAUAUUUACAGUGGCACUCCUCGUUCAUGUGUUGAUGGUGAAACUUCUUCUUCUUCUUCAGGUUAUUCUUCAGAAUAAUGGCGUCACAUUUGAUCUGAUCUUUUUUUGACAGGCCUUGUGAAAUAUCCAUGUUAUUCUACCAGCCCGGAAAAUUUGCUGCCAGUUUUUGUGGGUCUGGGGAAUCAUAUCUGAAUAUGUGUCGCUCCAUUUUCCCGCAUUUGCAAUGGAUGUUAAAAGGAACUGUAUUGAGUGGACAGGAGCCUUCGGGUGAAAUUUGGCUCUAGCAUUUAUUACAUGUAAUGGGUUCCGAAUAACUUGAGAAACACACCAUAAACCUGUCUAAUGCAGUCCACUGCAUUUGUACAGUGUACAAUCCUGGAAACCAGGUGAAAGAUGUUUCAAAAGCUUUUUAUUAACCACUUAUUGUUUUGAUUGAUCUAAUUUUACAAAGCUACUUUACAAAAACAAUGUAAGCGAAUGUUCUUUGAAAUGCACUAGUCAGUCUACAGAAAUCCCUAUUAGCAAACUGAAUAGAGUGAUUACAAACACUUUGAUUGCCAUCGGAGAGCUCAGGGAGCUGCCCUAAUUACAAACCCUGGCCGAUGCAUUGUUAGAGGGGGAAAAAGCAUCCGGGAAAUGGAUCAGAGCAUUUUCAGCUAUCUGUGUUUUAAUGUUUUCAGCUGUCAAUUGUCAGAAAAAGCUACAAAAGAAAAAGACAACUCUCCUCUGAGCAGAAAUGUGACGGUGCUUUUUGCCAAAGGCUCAGUGUCUCAGCCUUCCUAGCAAGUUUAAGUCGGUAGCGGCAUGCUGGCAUCCUCAGGUUCUUUAAUGUCCCGCAUAGUGGGUAAAUGUCGUGUUAAAGAAUGUCAUAUUCUGUUUGCUAGGAAGGUGUGUUCUUUUGCUGUGUAGUGAUUAGUUCUAUGAGAUUUUGGGUCAAGUGUGUUGUAUAUAGUCCACUCCUAUAAAAGCAAGGAUUAUUUGCAAUUUGCCCAGUUUUCUCAGCGUGAUGUUGAAGACUUCACUUGCUUGUUGUUCAACCCAGAGUAAGCGGAGUUCAUGUAUUUGCACAAGAUCAAAAUUACGCACUUGUCGUAUUAGUCAGGGUCCAACAAAUCAGUAUUUGAAUUUCCCUUAUUUCAUCUUUAAAGUUAGACAUUCCUCUUUAAUACCUGUAAUAGAUAAUAAGAUACAUGCUGAAGGACUUUUACACAGAAAGAGAACCUUAGAAUGUCAAAAACUGUGUCAUAAGUUUGGGAAAUAUCAUAGUGUAAAGCUGGGCCCAAAGCACAAAUGCCACAUCAUUUCACUGUAUAUUAGUGUUGUACAUUGUCAUAACAUACACUACAGUCUAAUGAGGUACCCAGCAAGGUCUUCCUAGUUAUAUUUGUAAAGUUGAUCUUUGAUUUAGAAAGAUUUAAAAGCCCAAAUUGUAAAGAAAUAAAAAAAGAUAAUUUGCUUUUAUACAAUAUUUUAAAGCACAUAGUGCACCAUACCAAGUUUUUAAUUUAGUAAAUGAAUUCAGUUAUAUGGUCAAAUCUAAAAUAUAUAUUUUUAAUAUAAUAGACAUUUGCUGAUGGUCAUUACAACUUACACAAAGUUUGUUUCUAAAAAUGUGCUGUGUCAUUGUCCCAAAGUCUGUCAAUCACAGAGGCAGCUAUUACUGGUGGUGACAAGUCUGAACAUACACAAUCCACAAUGUUUUUACAUUAUUCCCAUGAUUGCAUGUGUCAGUAACCUAGGGGAAAACUUCAGCAAUAUGUGUAGUUAUACUUUACUCUUCACUCCUUUUUUUUUUUUUACACUUUUACAUAAUAUUUAUAGUUACCAGAAGUGUGAUCACUACUGGCUUCGGUUAGAGACGUGUCCCAUUCUACAUCCAGUGCACUUGUCCAAUACAGCCACAACUCUUGAAUCCUUUCAACACAUGGAUCUCUGAUCAGUGAUGUGGUGCCCAACCUGUGCUGAAAGGAGUGUUUGCUCCACUUGUUUUGGAAUGGAACUGAAGGAGGGGAAAAAUAAUCUUUAGGGAUAAAAUUUUAAAUGCUUUCCGGUGUUAAAUGCUGUUGUCCUCAGGAAUAUAUUUGAAAAGAUUUGGAAAAAUGAAUGAAUGAAUUAUAUUGAAAGUAUAAUCUGGCCCAUUUUUUUAUUUUAUUUGGGGCAAUACCUUGUUGAAAUAACUUCAAAACAGAGGAAUGCUUAUAUAAACAUCUUAUGUAUUAAACAUGAAGAAUUUAUUCUGUAAUGAGUUGUGUGUCAUUUUUCUUGCACAUCUGUAAACACAAAGGCUGCUGUUUUUUCUAAGACAAGGACAAUGUCUGUAAAAUGCCAAAGAAUACAAUUAAAGGAUAAGGUUGGUAAUAUUCUA